AUGGGCCCCGACGCCCCCGGGCUCCCCCCCCGGCCCUGGUCCGGCAGCCAGGACCUCCCAACUCGGGGGUCCCGCGGCGCCCCCCGGCCCCCCCAUCCCCGGCGCCCCCCGCACCCGCCGCAGCAACAGCUCCGAGGCUCUGAUCGACUGGGGCUGCUCCGGGGGGGCUCCAUCCGAGACCCCCCACCCCUCCUCUGGAUCCUUCAUCAUCCUCCUCCUCCUCCUCGCGGCUCCGGGCCGGGGGUCCCGGGGGUCCCGGCGGCUGCGCCCCCCCCCUCGGCGGAGCAGCGGCGCAGUCAGAAGUGGCUGGCGCUGGAGGGGCUCCGGGAUUGGUACCUGAGACACGCGGGGACCCCUCCCCAGCCCCCCGCCCACCCCGGCUGGGCGCAGCCCCCUCCCCCCCAGCGCCGCCGGGACCCCCCCGGGCUCCCCCACUCGCUCAGCUACGCCGGGGCCCUGCCCAGAACCUCCGGGGACACCCCCGGGACCACCCCCCCACCCCCCCUGGACCCUCAGCCCCCCGGGACCCUCGUGUGACCCCUCCCCCCACAUCCCCCACCCCCCCAAAAAACAAAAAUCACCC